UCCAGUCAGCUUAUUGGUUUGUCGAUUGGAGGAUCGGCCAAUUGGAUCACUUGGCUCUCCAUUUUUUGAGAGAGUUCUCAUGGGGAUGACAUGUCGCCAUCUUGUGAAUUCGGAGAACAACACGAUGUGGGAGAGGAUGGGACGGAGAAGGGAAUCUCCAGGUUGUCUCUAGUUCUGGGUACAGCAAAAGUCGAAGACAGUUGUGUUUUUGUUUAUGGGAAUUUGCUUUGUGAGGGGAAAUGGUUCAUUCAACUUGGAAAGGACAAAGGGGAUUAUUUAUUCACACGAGGUGGUGAGACUCCGGUGAACUCAUUUUACGGAUUUUUGGGUGUUCGGGGGGGUUGGGGGGAGACUGGAGUACUCAUUGUUGAUGGAUAAAGUCAAAAUUGAGGGGUUUAGAUUGAACAAGGGAACGAGUCUCGGAUUUUAUAGUUGAGAUUAUUAAAUUAUCGAGAGACAAUUGAUCUUCGGAUUUUCUUAAUAAAUUGAAUUGGCAAGAUCACCUCUGAAGUUUGAGUGGCUUUAAAGGGGAGUGUGUUGUUAAUAAUAAAUUGAGAACAAUGGCUUCGCAGAGGGAAAGACGUGCCAAUGCCGGCAAUAAAAUGGCAAAAUUAUUGAAUGAGGAGGAGGAGGAUGAAUUUUAUAAAACUACGUAUGGUGGAUUCGAGGAGGUGGAGCAGGAUAAUGAUUACAUGAUGGAGGACGAAGGAGAAGAUGAAGUGGAUUCCGACUUCAGUAUAGACGAGAAUGACGAGCCAGUUUCGGAUCAGGAACAGGAGGGACCCAAGAAGAAACGGCGACUGGUGACAAAGGCGUACAAAGAGCCAAAACCAGCAGCACAGACACAGUCAGCACCCAAAGAGAAGAAGCCAAGAGCCCCCCGAGACAAAAGGUUUCUCAAUGACAGUAGAGAGAGGAAAUCCCUGCGAAGAUCAACAGCUUCCAAGUCAGCUGCAACAGCCAAGAGACUACGAGAGAGGAAUGAAGAUCAGAGGAGAAAAGUCAAAGUGCGACGUCAUGAUGAUUGGAAGCCCACGCAGGAGGAGCUCCUCGAGGAGGCUCUGGAAACUGAAAAAAUUAACCUGAAGUCUUUGGAGAAGUACCAGAAGCUGGAGAGUGAGAAGAAGAACACGAGGACUGUGAGGAAAGCCCACUCCCAUUCCAUAAUUCGGUAUCAGUCCUUGGCGAUGCCUGUCAUGGUGCUGAAGAAUCCAGCUGAGAAGGAGAAAGGGAAGAGUGAUGGAGAUGAGGGAAAACCGAGUGAAUCUGAUUGCAACACCGAUGACCCUGAGAAAUUGUCACAAGCGGAGUCGAAAAAAUCAGAGGAAACGGACAAAGAGACGAAUGAGUCAUUGGAUGAGACGCAUUCGUUGGAGACAAAGACGAAGGAGGUCAUAGACCCAGAGAUCGAGGCCGAACAGACUGGUGAGCGUUACGAGAGGACUUUCAUAACCUUCGAGACUGAGAAACUCUUCCAGAAGGCGUUCAAGAUGAAACCCCAGCCCAGACCCACUCUCAAGUCCCUGUGUGCCAUCACGAGACUUCCAGCCAAGUACAUCGAUCCUAUCACGAAUUUACCUUACAGAAAUGUUCAGACGUUCAGAUUACUGCGGGAGGCGUAUUAUCAGCAACUGGAGGCUCGUGCCGAUGCUAAUGAUCCAAGUAGUAAUCCGGAGUUGACUAAAUGGCUAGAGUGGAGGCGUCAGUAUCCGCAGGGGGGAGUUCAGAAGAAUACAGUACGACUUGAACCAGCUUCGGCCUACACGACCUCUUAGCUCGGGGAUACUCCCACUGAUAUGGGAACCUCAGCUGCUUCCAAGCACAAUCCGAACACUGUCUCGUGCUAUGUCGUGCUGCUUAAUAAACAAUCCUGAAAUAUUUUUAUAUGAGAACGAGCAAUCGAUUGAGUGACAUUGUAUGAUCUCUUGGUGUUUUGUUGGUACGGUGGCAUUCGUACAUGUAAAAUCGAGAGAAUCAGUUUAUGCUCUUGUUUUUCCGAUACUUCUUCCAUGUGAUUACAAGAAAUGACAAUAAAAUGGGACUCGAUUUUUGAAAUGUGUGAUUCAGGAGGUGAUUUUUCUAUGAGACCAGAAUUUUAGGCAGAGUGAAAUUUUUCAGUUCAAUUAAAUAUUCAAUUCAAAUUUUUAUUUAUAUUCGAUUUCAUUCGUAAAAGUAAUGGAUAAAGUAACAAAAUUAUAAGAACCGGCAUUUUCCAAAAAAAUAUUCCCCUAAUUAUUCAUAAUUUCCGAUAAAGACCUGGAAAUUAAGACUCGACUCAAAUGCCGAAGAUCUACUACUAAUUUUCGGGACAGGAGGGAGUUAGUGAAAUAGAACCUGAAAUUUGUAUAAUUCUUUAAUUUAUAUUUUUUUCGUUCUUUAGUGUAUCGUUUUUAGAAAUAAAAUAAAAAAAAGAAAUGUUCAAUAUCUUUCUUCCUUUCAGCCACAGUCUCCUCCAUCUACUCUACGAUACGUAUUACAGAAAAAAAAAUAUUUCAUCCUCGAAGACUAUAAAGAAGUGAUAAUGAUGGAUACAAGUUAGAGAAUUAC